GUGUGGUGCGCAUGCGUGUCACAUAACGCAGCAACAGACCCGGAAAUGCGAAGCCAACCGUAAACACAGCUGUGGCAGUGCUGCUGUUACUUUCUGGAAGAUGGUGUACGUGUCCAACGGCCAGGUCCUGGAUAGCAGGGCACAGUCUCCAUGGCGCCUGUCUUUACUGGUUGAUCUUUUCUGGGGAGCAGUGGAGUUUAUUGGCCUCUUUUUCAAAACCAUGUUUCACCCCGACAUGUCAAAGAAUGGAAGCUCUGUUUCAUCACGCUUCACUGACGGCAGAGGUCCUCCAGGUCCACCUGGUGGCAGAAGGAGGAUGGGAAGAAUAAACCAUGGUGCAGGGCCCAGUCCUCCACCAAUGGGUGGAGGAGGAUGAGGAAGGUAAACGCCUUGCACAGUGUCUUAGAAGCCAAGGAAAGAUGAUAAAGUCACAGUGCUAAGGCCCUUCCUCAUCAGCUGUCACUGUCACAAGCAGUUUCUUGACGCCUUUCUGGGAAUUCCUACACGUAGGGGCCAGAACGGCUGAUACCACAGCUAUCCACAUCACUUCUUCCCUCAUUUUCUGCGUCGGCUUUUCCAACUUGCAAUGUCACCAGUUUCUUAGAUAUGGGUUAUGGUUCCUGGGAGUCAUCAGCUAAUGUAUUUUUUUGUAUCCUUCUGUUGAAUAAAAAAAAAAAAUACUGA